AUGGCCGCGGCCAGCUGUACCCACUGUCCCACUGAGGACGAGCUGGGCUUGGCCCAGUGUUUCUUGUGCUUCAAGGAACUGGAAGGCCAGGAGUUGGAUGACGACCCCCUGGAGGAGCACCUGAUUGUGCUUUUCUGUCUCCCAGAAAGCCCUGUGGGAAUUAACCCUCCGGGAAUUUUUGAAACUGGACAAAGAAAGGGCCAAGAACAAAAUUGGAAAGGAAGCAGUAAGCGGAAGGAAUUUGAGGAAACUGCAAAGCAAGCCUGCUGUGCCAUUGAGCUGCUGGGAGCCUGGAAGUGA